CCGUCCCCGUGCGCUUCCGCAUUUCCUUCCUGUCCAACCCGCAAGGCCGGUCGCUGCCGUGACUCCGGAAGGAUUCGAUCGGGCCGCCGGAUGUGACGCCGGGGCCAAGGAGCCGGAGACCGCGGAGAGAGCAUCUAGAAGACACCGUCUGAGGUCUGGCAAUCAGUGACAGAGCCGGGCGCCCGCGGCCUGAGCGCCCCCGACAGCACCAUGCCAGCGCUCCUGGAACGUCCCAAGCUUUCCAACGCCAUGGCCAGGGCGCUACACCGGCACAUCAUGAUGGAGCGUGAGCGCAAGCGGCAGGAGGAGGAAGAGGUGGACAAGAUGAUGGAACAGAAAAUGAAGGAAGAACAGGAGAGAAGGAAGAAAAAGGAGAUGGAAGAGAGAAUGUCACUAGAGGAGACCAAGGAACAGAUUCUCAAGUUGCAGGAAAAGCUUUUGGCCCUACAGGAAGAGAAGCACCAGCUUUUCUUGCAGCUCAAGAAAGUUUUACACGAGGAAGAAAAACGGAGGCGAAAGGAGCAGAGCGACCUGACCACCCUAACAUCAGCUGCAUACCAGCAGAGCCUGACUGUUCACACAGGAACUCAUCUCCUCAGCAUGCAGGGGAGCCCUGGAGGACAUAAUCGCCCAGGCACCCUCAUGGCAGCUGACAGAGCUAAACAGAUGUUUGGACCCCAAGUACUCACGACCCGGCACUACGUGGGCUCAGCAGCUGCUUUCCCAGGGACUCCAGAGCAUGGGCAAUUCCAAGGCAGCCCAGGUGGUGCUUAUGGGACCGCUCAGCCCCCACCUCACUAUGGACCCACACAACCAGCCUAUAGUCCUAGUCAGCAGCUCAGAGCACCUUCAGCAUUUCCUGCAGUGCAGUACCUAUCUCAGCCACAGCCACAGCCCUACGCCGUGCAUGGCCACUUUCAGCCCACCCAAACAGGGUUCCUCCAGCCUGGUGGUGCCCUGUCCUUGCAAAAGCAGAUGGAACAUGCUAACCAGCAGACUGGCUUCUCUGAUUCAGUAACUUUGUCCUCUGCAGUCCUCCCUGCGUCCCAUGCACCCCCAGGCUCUGCAUCCAGCCCCUGGACUCCUUGCCUCCCCCCAACUCCCUGUGCAGAUGCAACCAGCAGGAAAGUCAGGCUUUGCCACUACCAGCCAACCUGGCCCUCGGCUCCCCUUCAUCCAACACAGCCAGAACCCGCGAUUCUACCACAAGUGACCAUCAAAUUGUCUUCAACCUUAUCCCUCUAUCCCCCAUGGGUGAGGGUCUUUCUUCCCUUUAUGUCCCAGGCCAAUAAAAUCUACCUGCCACUGCCCCUGGCUGCUGCUGUUUGUGUCACUUCCCACCCAGCUGUCUGGAAUAUGCCAAGGCUGCUUGGAGGGUGGAGGGGAUGGCUGGUAGAUUAACAAGUGGUAAGACAGUGGGUUACAAUAAACCAGUGGCAGUUCAGUCUAUUCUGGCAUCCAAAUACCAAAUAUUUUCCAGUCAACAAAUACCCCUUUAAUUCAAAUAAGCAGCUGACUUGGGGGCUUCAUAUUAAACUUGUAGUUUUAUUCAGGUUUGAUUUUAACAAAUGUGUCGGGGAGAGAGCCCGCAGGAAAGGGUAAAGCCCAUAGGGGCAGGUCCCCUUCCCUCUCCUCCUCUUCCCUCCCCAUAUAAAGGGAUUUGGGGAGAGAUACAGGCAGGGGAGGGGGCUGGUCCCUGGUCUGUAGGGUUGGUGCUUGGGUUAAAGGGCUAUGGGUGAAUAAGAGACCAGACCAAGGACAAGUGGGGAGAAGGGCACAAGGACCAUUCGCCAGAAUCCACAGCUUUCUGAUUCCAAAUUGAAUUAAAAAAAAAAAAAAAAAAAAAAAAAAAAAAAAA